UUAGAAUGCUAUAUAGUCUUUUACCAAUUCCUUAUUUUCUUUAUUUUUCUAGCAUUGCUUUACUUCAAAGUUUGCCUCCUCCAACAGAAGAAAUGCGUUAUCGAAGUCCAGCACUUCCUAUAAGGACAAGAUCUACGCCUCUUUAUUCGCUAGUUUUGGAUUUGGAUGAGACAUUGGUUCAUUGUAGUAUUGAAGAAUUGCCUGAUGCUGCAAUGACUUUUGAAGUUGAAUUUCAAGAUCAAGUUUUCCAGGUUUUUGUCAGAGUUCGUCCUCAUCUUCACGAAUUUCUUGAACGUUUGUCAAAUCAUUUUGAAAUUGUUCUUUUUACUGCGAGUAAGAGAGUUUAUGCAGAGAAACUUUUGAAUUUACUUGAUCCUGGGAAACGAUUUAUUCGUCAUCGUCUCUACCGUGAACACUGCGUAUUUGUUGCUGGCAAUUACAUCAAAGAUUUGAGUAUCCUUGGAAGAGAUCUUUCAAAAACUGUAAUUAUCGACAAUUGCCUUCAAUCAUUUGCCUAUCAAAUUGACAAUGGAAUUCCAAUUGAGAGUUGGUUUGUUGAAAGGAAUGAUACUGAAUUGUUGAAGUUGAUACCUUUUUUGGAGUCUUUAAGUAGAGAGGGUCAAGAUGUCCGUCCACGUAUCCGUGAACGUUAUCGAAUUCAUGAUAUUUUAAACAACAGCUGUGCUUGGACUAACAACAGCAGCAACAAUUCUCUUCUCGAUUCUACAACAAACUCUCAAGAUUUUAGUGAAUAUAAUGUUGGAAAUGAAAGUGAAAUUUAUCCUCAAAAUAUGGAAAUUGAGCAACAACAACAAAUCUGAUGGUAUGAAAAAAUUUUAAAAUUUAUUUUAUUUUUUUGGUAUCUUUAAAUUUAUUUACAAAAUUAUUGGCACUUUUUUUGAAAUUUUUGUUUUAUGUCAAAAUUUAUUUAAAAAUAUUAUUUUUUUUCGAUUUU